GAGCGACUCAAUCUCUUCCACAGACUCCAGGCUGAAUGUCCCCGGUGACGUCAGCUGACUGUUUUGGCUGUACUAGGCGCUCCGGACACAGCGCGCUGCUGCUGCUGCUGCUGUAAAAAUGCUGCUCUCUGUGCCGCCAAGGACAGGAAUCAACCCAUAUAACGGCUAUACCAGCAGAACCAGUAAAAAGCAGGCGUAUGCGUCCUCCACCCAGCAGAUGGCGCCACCCAGUCCCAACACUACCACCAGCAGUAAUGGAAGCAGCAGCGCUGGGGACCAGCUGAGCAAAACCAACCUGUACAUCCGUGGUCUCCAUCCAGGAACCACAGACCAGGACCUGGUCAAACUAUGUCAACCCUAUGGAAAAAUAGUGUCUACUAAGGCCAUCCUCGACAAGACCACCAACAAGUGUAAAGGCUAUGGCUUUGUGGAUUUCGACAGCCCGGCCUCUGCACAGAAAGCAGUGACAGCGCUAAAGGCCAGUGGAGUUCAGGCUCAGAUGGCAAAGCAACAGGAACAGGACCCCACCAAUCUGUACAUCUCCAAUCUGCCUCUGUCAAUGGAUGAGCAGGAGUUGGAGAGCAUGCUCAAGCCCUUCAGCCAAGUCAUCUCCACACGCAUCUUACGAGACGCAAAUGGCACCAGCCGAGGAGUGGGAUUCGCCAGGAUGGAAUCGACUGAAAAAUGUGAGGCCAUCAUUCAACAUUUUAAUGGCAAAUACAUCAAGACUCCUCCUGGAGUAGCAGUGCCUACAGAACCCUUGCUGUGUAAAUUUGCGGACGGCGGACAGAAGAAACGUCAGAAUCAAGGGAAAUAUCACCAAAAUGGGCGGCAGUGGCCAAGAGAGGGCGAGACUGGUGGGAUGACGCUAACAUAUGACCCUACUCCUGCUUUACAAAAUGGGUUUUAUUCCCCUUCCUACAGCAUCGCUCCUAACAGAAUUAUUGCUCAGACUUCUAUCUCUCCCUACAUGCACUCACCUGUAUCCACCUACCAGGUACACAAUCCCUCCUGGAUACAUCACCAGUCUUACCUCAUGCAGCCUACAGGUACCGUCCUUACGCCCACAGUGGACCACACCAUGACCAUCCAGCCCACUGCCAUAUUAGGGCCUCUCACACAGCAGCUCAGCCAUCUAACCCUGGGCAGCACAGGCACGUAUAUGCCUGCAAACACAGCUAUGCAAGGGACCUACAUACCACAAUAUGCCCAAGUGCCUCCUUCAAGCGUUACAGCCGAGGAAAAUAGCGUCCAACAGCAGCAGGUUGCCAUAGAGACACCCACAGACCACACAACAUACUCCUACCAGCAUGGCAAGUGAAGAGGAGGUGGGCUACUUCCUGUUGCUUUGGAAAUGUUGUGUACAUUCAUAUGAGUGGACUUUGGAUACAGAACCACCUCUCUUGACAUGAAAAGAAAUGGACAUUGUGAAAAGGAACUGAAGUUUUUUGCAAUUUUUUUUUUUUUCUUUUUUCUUGGAGAAGACCAACCGAUAAUGAAGCUAAACCUAUUUUAGUAAGUGAAAGACUUGGGUGGAGAUUGCUAUGACUACAAGAUGUCAUAAAAAUUUACAAAAAGCAAAGUAAGCUUUUUUUAACACAAAGACACACAUACAUGCGCGCACACACACACACACACACACACACACACACACACACACACACACACACACACACUCCAACACACUUUGAGAAAUAUUUUUCUGCAACUUUAUUUUCUAAAACAUUCUGCAAAGCCAGAAUGAAACAACUAUGAUGUUACAGCACCAUGUGUCAUUUUAAUUUGUUUUUAUGUUUUUGUAAAAUUCUUCAAAGAUUUUGUUGACUGCUUUUGAACUGUCUGCUGCAAAAGGGGGAAUUUUGUACAUAAAAAAAAACAAAAACAGUUUUUGCAAAGAUCUUGCUGCAUUUUUCUUGAAUAUCGAUUUAAGGAGAUCUAUAGGAACCUGCUGAAACCAGCAGCCGAGUCGUUUUGAUAGAUUUACAGAAAAAUGUACUGUAUGGAAGAGCGUUAUAAAUGCACUUACUGUUUCAAGCAAGUUUGUAUCAAGUGAGACGAGACUGAAUUCUGAAACCAAGACCUCAUAUCCCCUCACAAAAAGUCCUUUUUUCCUUCCAAAAUGCUGCUUUAUCUUGUAAGUUAGGUUAUGCUCUGUUUAAAUGUUGAGAUUUAUUUUUGUAUUUGAAGAAAAUUUUUUUAAAGAAAAUUUCAAAGAGAAGCUAUUUGGAUGAUAAACUUUUUUAUGGCUUUGUUUUCAUGUCAAUGGUUCUGUCUUGCCUCUUCAUACAUACUGUAUGGGUUAUGUCUUUUCUUUUACGCAUUGUAAGGAGUGCUCCACCAACGCUGUAAUGUAGACCUGUAAAUUAAUUUUUCUUGCCUUGGUGAGUGAGGAGUGUGUUCUUUGGGCUGUGUCCCCUGAGAUAUAAAAAUGGCAAUAUAAUGACAAACAAGAGAGUUUUCCCUUAUUAGUGGAUCACGCCCUCAGUUUGUUUCCUUCUAAGGUACAAGAUUCUGAGGCUGAAUAGUAAUUGUGUUUUACAUAUAAAUCCAAGAUGCUGAAAUGUACAUUUAAAUUUGCUGACCAUGGCAAUGGUUCAGUGAUGUAUGAAAUCAAAUGUAAUACUAUAAAUCUAUAUAUUAGCAUAAAAGAAAGGCAUAUCCAUUUUUAACAUAAGAGUGGGUGUGACCAUUUGAAUGUCUUGAAUGUGCAGAUAGAUGUUACAAUAGGGAAGAAAUGAUCCGUUCCAUGCCGACUUUUCAAGAAAUAUGCAACAUAAUUUACGCAUUUUCUGUGUUUCUAAAAAAAAAAAAAAAAAAAAAAAGCUUGUCAGCUUCUGCUAAAUUUAUCCAGCGAGACCUUUUUGUAACAUUUAGCUAUCUUUUUGCCAGUCCUAUUAGGGUUAGGUAAAAUUAGGCCUAUUAAUUUCCAGGUUUGUUUUGAAAUCGCCCAUCAUUAUUUUGUUUUUUUGGUGCACAAAAAGUAUUCUCGUCGCUUUAUAAUAUUAAGGUAGAACCACUGAACUCACAUAAGCUGUUUUAAAUAUGUUUUUAGUACCUUUAUGGAUCUUGAGAGAGGAAGUGUCAUUGCUGGCUAUGCAGGCCUCACUGAUCCAUCGGAUUUAAUCAAAAUAUCUUAAUUUGUGUUCCGAAGAUGAAUGAAGGUCUUAUGGGUGUAGAACGACAUGAGGGUGAGUAAUAAAUUACAUUAUUUUCAUUUUUGGGUGAACUAACCCUUUAAGUACUCACCCUCAUGUCAUCCCAAACCCGUAAGACCUUCAUGUUUGGAACACUAAUUAAGAAAACAAAUUUGUUUUGUUUUCUUAAUUAGUGUUUCGAAGAUGAAUGAAGGUUCAUCUUUGGAACUUGUUGAACAAUUUAAACUGUUGUCACGCAGUUGACGUAAUGAAUUACAGUGCAGGCUUCCGUGUUUACGUCUGAACGCUCAGUAUUGGCAAAGAAUAUACACUGACAAGAAGCGAAACUCAGGCCCUGUCCCAAAUGGCACCCUAAACACUCACGGCCUUCCUACGAGCCCGCACUUUCGUGACGUAACGUCGCUUUGAUUGUCUGGAAGAAGUCUGCCGCGGAGUUCGCACCAGUGCGGGUGCAGCAAAAGUGCGCAUCGAGGGCGCAUGUCGGCCGCAAAGGGGGCGCUCGCGAGCACCCUUCUGAAGCCUAAAAUUGACAAAUUGACACCCUACGGUCUCGUGGACUUAACGGACACGCGCACGCGGCAGCCAUUGUAAGUCCACAAGACCGAAAGUGCAUAGAAGUGUGCCAUUUGGGACAGGGCCUCAAUAGAACGUUCCAUUGCAACACCGACACCCAUCAGCAACCCUGCGUUUCCGCCAUUUUGGGGUGAAAGUGACUCGGCAGUCCACUAGUUUCUAUGGCAAUAUCAACCUGAAUGAUGACAACACAGAAUAAAAUACUAUCGCUAGUGAUCAUCAAAUCCUUUUAACAGUUUAUUUUACAGACUUUGUGUUUAAGUCUUCCACUUUUUUCACAAAAUCUUUGCUCUCUAGAAACCCAGUCAGUUUGGGUUAAAAGUUCAAGUAUUACCACUAUAAACACUGAAUUAAUACCAACAUAUGAAAUUAAAUUAAGGACAUGCAUCAGGAAAAUUGGGAAUGUUGGACAAUAUAACAGAAUAUAACAGCUUGACACAAACUGUUUUUGCAGUGUUGUCUUAUAUUAAUGUCCGUUAAAGCAAGACUAUGCAAACAAACAAAAAAACACAGCCACUGUGUCCAAAAGUGUCAAUUAUGGGAUAACAGACACAGCAAUGCAUCAUGUUCUAUACGAUCAUUAUGUUUGUAGCGUGAUCCAGGGGAUUAAAUACGUAUAUUUCAGACCUUGUGGAGUAAUUUACUAUUACUAUAUUACUCCACUAGAUCUGCCUAUAGGCAUACGUUUUAAUCCCCUGGAUCACGUUACAAACAUGAUGAUCUUAACUUUUUUAAAUUUACUAUUAAUAGUAAAUAUGUAAAGUUAAUACUCAAUAAAGUAGGCUAACUACGUUACCUCAGAUGUGUAAUGGUUGGAUUCCACAACUGAUCACAUAAAAUAUAGGUUAAGACAAUACAACAUUUACUGUAGGUGUCAUAAAAUUUACUGAGUUUGAGAAAUUUUCUAUUGCGUCUCUGAUUUGGUUGUGAUAUUCGCAGAUUUUGGGUGCGUAAGAUGUGAUGGAUUCUAUUGUCCAAUUGGCAUUUUCACCCCAAAAUGGCUGCCGCGCCGAAGCGCCUCCUCGUGGCUGUUACCCAAAAAGCAUCAGAGUUUCGCCUCAUGGGUUCUAUACUCUUUGGUAUUGGCCAACGCUGUACACGUGAGCAGCACGAUGCGUGCAUGUGAUGCUGAUGCAGGAGCGGCCAAUUUAGAACAUGGAAGCCUGCACUGCGUAUGACAACAGUUCAAAUUGUUAAAUAAAGUCGUUAUUUUUGUUUUGUUUUUGCACACAGAAAGUAUUCUUGUUGCUUCAAAACAUUAAGGUUGAACCACUGUAGUCACAUGGACUAUUUUAACGAGUCUUUAAUACCUUUCUGGACCUCAAAAGUUGCAAUGACGUUACUGCCUAUAUGUGGUUCAGAAACCCUUGGAUUUCAUGAAAAAUAUCUUAAUUUGUGUUCCGAAGAUGAACGGUCUUGCGGGUUUAUGACGCCAUGAGGGUGAGUACUUAACAGCAGGAAUUUCAUUUUUGGGUGAACUAACCCAACUGCGAUCUGCUUUUAGUAGAACAAACUUACUAAACUGCAUAGAUAAACAGAACCCUGCUGUUGUUUAAUUAAUAUUUUUGUAAUAUACCAAGUUACAAGGUUAUCCAGGUACAGUGUUUCCUACUCGUUUUUCAGCACCGUCGACAUGGAUUCAGCAGCCGAGGAAUAUUCAGCAUCACGACAAAACUUGACCAUUGUAGUCCGAUUCACGAACGCAAAUGCCCGCUUUAAUCAAUCAAAUGAAGCAAAAACUAAUCAGGACAUUUGUACUGUUACCCAAACCUCUCUUAAUAUCUUUUUUAUGCUUUUUUUUUAUAUAGUCAAAUUUCAUGUCUAAAGCUCACACAACAUGAGUUUCUUACAUUACUCACAAAAUCAAUUAAUUUGAAAUGAUUUAAAUUAUCAUAAUACACACAUAACCUCAGGAAUUUAUUUCUGGUAAGAUCUGUUCAACAUACAAAAACAGAUAAUAAAAGGUACAAAAUGAGUAUUAAAUAUGUCUUCAAUUUUACCGUAUAGUCACUGUAUAUACAAUAUUUGUCAAUAUCCUGCAGAAAAUUUUUUAGAAACAGUUGCAAAAAAUAGUUUUCUCUUACACAAAAGAACAGGAAAAAAAGAUGGUGCUGCUGGGUUUUGAAGAUUAUGCAAAAAGUGCAGUCUGUCCACAAGAUGCCAAAAAAUGUCAGAAGACUCCUCAAAUAUUCAGAGGCAGCAAAUACUGAUAAAAAUAAACAUGCCAGUGAAGGCAGAACUCCAUCCCAAGACAUACUGAAGUCAAAAGCAUUGCAGCACAAGAGCUUUUUAUCACCCCUAGGAAAAAGGAGGAACCACAAAUCUCACUUAAAUGGUGUCUUUCCAAAAAUGCAGACAUCCUAAAGACCUCUAAUUGAGCCUUUUUUUUUUUUUUUUUUUUU